GUUCGGCUUUUCCGAAAUAUCAGCAAUUUCCACAAAGCCAUGGAUCUAACCAGGAGUCUAGUGGUGUGAACACAGCCAGGUGAGCGUGGUGGGUCUGGGCAACUUUCCCCCAACCGACCACCAUCAUCAUCUCUUUGAGCCUCACAGGCUCCAGACACUCACACACACCACUGCAACCUGUUUGAGGAAACCCACUCCGACAGUAAGACAGCAGCACACGCAGCGCAACCAUGACAGACAGAGUAACCUUCAGCACACCCAAAGUCACCCCGCGGCCCGCCGCAGGUCCAGUGCUCCCCCCUGAGCCCAUUGACAUCAUCCGCAUUAAGGCCCGCUCUCGGCGGGUCAGGCUUAAUGUUGGAGGUCUCACACAUGAAGUCCUGUGGAGAACACUGGACCGGCUGCCCAGAACCCGUCUGGGACGGCUAAGAGACUGCAACACCCAUGAGUCACUGUUGGAGAUCUGUGAUGACUACAGCCUCAGUGAGAAUGAGUACUUCUUUGACCGGCACCCAGUGGCCUUCUCCUCCAUCCUCAACUUCUACAGAACUGGGAAGCUGCACAUGAUGGAGGAGAUGUGCGCCCUCUCUUUUGGCCAGGAGCUGGACUACUGGGGAAUCGAUGAGAUCUACCUGGAGUCGUGCUGCCAGGCGCGGUACCACCAGAAGAAGGAGCAGAUGAAUGAGGAGCUGAGGAGGGAGGCAGAGACACUGAGGGAGAAGGACGGGGACGAGGCCGAGCACGGCUGCUGUCCUGACAAGAGACAGAAGCUGUGGGAUCUGCUGGAGAAACCCAGCUCAUCUGUGGCUGCAAAGAUCCUGGCUAUGAUCUCCAUCCUGUUUAUUAUCAUUUCCACCAUCUCGUUGUCGCUAAACACCCUCCCGGAGCUCCAGGUGGUGGAUGAAUUUGGUCAGUUCAAUGACAACCCAAGCCUAGCCCAUGUGGAAGCUGUCUGCAUCGCCUGGUUCACCAUGGAGUAUAUACUGCGCCUGCUCUCAGCACCCAACAAGUGGAGUUUCAUCAAAGCCCCACUGAACAUCAUUGAUUUGCUGGCUAUCCUGCCUUACUAUGUGACCCUCUGCCUAACUGAGUCUAACAAGAAUGUGAUGCAGUUCCAGAAUGUGCGUCGUGUGGUCCAGAUCUUCAGAAUUAUGAGGAUCCUGAGGAUCCUGAAGCUGGCCAGGCACUCAACAGGACUCCAAUCUUUGGGCUUCACUUUGCGAAGGAGCUAUAAUGAGUUGGGUCUACUGAUCCUCUUCUUAGCUAUGGGCAUUAUGAUCUUCUCUAGCUUGGUGUUCUUUGCAGAGAAGGAUGAGGAUGCCACCAAAUUCACCAGUAUCCCUGCCUCCUUCUGGUGGGCUACGAUUACUAUGACCACUGUUGGUUACGGAGACAUCUACCCACAAACCCUGUUGGGCAAGAUUGUCGGAGGGCUCUGCUGCAUAGCAGGUGUGUUGGUCAUUGCCCUUCCCAUCCCAAUCAUUGUGAACAACUUCUCUGAGUUCUACCGAGAGCAGAAAAGGCAGGAGAAGGCCAUCAAGAGGAGGGAAGCUCUUGAAAGAGCAAAACGCAGUGGAAGCAUUAUUUCUAUUAACUUAAAGGAUGCUUUUGCACGCAGUAUGGAACUUACAGAUGUGCUGGUGGAAAAGAGAGAGGACAGCAAGUGUCCUGUGGACAAUCACCUGUCACCCAGUCGCUGGAGCUACCACAAACACUACUCCAAUACAGAGGUGGGUAGCCCAAGCAAGUCCCAACAUUCUCAUUACCAGGAAGUGGCUCAGCAGGGCUCCCCUGAACGAGGCAAGCCUUUGUCUAAUAAAACUACGCUUCAAAACCUCAACCCAAAGCGGCUGGAGGAUGCUUACAACAAGACUGCAGCCAUUCAGGAGAAGCAGGAGGAAAUUAUAGAAGAACAGAUGGAGAUGAAAGCAUUGACUUCCCCUCAAGCCCGACAAACUUCUCCUGAAGUCAGCAUUGCUAGAAAAUUCUCCAAUGUGGCUGAUGAUUUUUCAGUGGAAAGAGGAGAAAGAAGCUCUCUGCUCCCCAAUGCUGAAGUGAUUCAAACUGGUGCUAGACACCAGCGCAUCCCUCCUCCCUUGGAUCUAAGUCAGAUCAGCACCAUGGAGGCUAACAGGGGCCCUGACAGCAUCCAGCCAAUGACCAUCAUUAAAGAGGGUUUGUAUGAGUUUGUGUCCAGCCCCAGAGGAAGUGGGACUGGAGAUUCAGGUUUGGUGCCACAAAGUGUGGAAAGCUUUGGGGUUACCUAUGACAGCAUCUCCAGCUCCUUGCAAGAUUAUGGCACCCCUCAAAAGAAAAGAGCCCUCAAGGUUGACCUCAUUGGAUCCCAAGAUGAGGUGCUUAUGGCAGUGAUGACACCUGUAGCAACCCCAGCCUCUGCUGGCUCAGCCAAGCUUGCUCAACUACUCUCUGACGACAUUGUUUCCAGGUUCUCUCCCUCUUCUAGCUCUAUAACCCAGGAAGCUAAGUCUCCACUGGCGAUCCUGCAAUCUCCGAUGCUGGCCCAGCAAUCUGUCAGUCCAAGCAUCUCCCAGGGGGGAGGUGAGGGCUCAGCAGCCAGGAGCUUAGAAGGUGAAGGGCAGCUCACAGGCUUAAGCCACCAGGGGAGGAAUCACAUGGAAAUGUCUGCUGUCGGCUCAGGCAGCAGUGCUAGCCCACUGUCGUCUAAAGCCAGCCCUCUCAACUGCACCCAGGAGCUGGUAACUACGGAAGGAGGGGAGGAAGGAGAAGAGAGGGAGGGAGCAGACCAGAGUGGAGAGAAACGAGAAAAUCACAUUGCUCUGGACAGAAGUGCAACACCACCCUGUGAAACGAGCAUGUGA